AUGUUACAAUCUCCAUUUUCAUUCACUCCAAGAAAGAAUAGAAUAAAUUCAGAUUCAAGUUUAGUACUCAGAUCAUCAAAUAUAUCAGACUCAUCAACUACAUCAUGUAAAAAUUCACACUCAAUUAAUGAUAUUAAUGAUAAGACAACGAUUGAUAUUCCGUCAACUCCUGAACCAAAACAUACCUCAAAUAUGUUAAAUACUCCACCUCCAACAUCACGUAGAAGAAAUAGCACCACAAGAAAAUCGAAAUCAAGUAACAAAGUAACCAAGUCUACAACCAAAAAUUCUAAAUUAACAACCCCAACAAAAACAAAAUCUAAAAAGCAAAAAGAACAAGAUUUAGUAUUACCAUUAUCUCCGCCAAUAAUGUCAUCUAUUGAAUCAAAAUUAAAAUUAAUACAAUCAAAACUAUUAAGUAUAGAUGAUACUACGAUAAAAUCAGAUAUUUCAAAUUUAUUAGACUCGACUAUUUUAGAAUUGAAUCAACAACAAUCACAGCAACAACAACAACAACAACAGCAACAACAAGAAUUAGAAUCAGCAAUAGAUAUAUUACCUAAAUUAACAAAUGAUCAAAUAUUAAAUGGUACCACAAAUUAUAUAUUAGAAACUCCAAAAAAUCAAAUUAUAACACCAUAUUUACAAACUCCUCCAUUAGCUCCAAAACAAGAAUUUAAUUUAUGUAUGGAUUUCAACGAUUAUUCGCAAAUUGAUUUAAAUUUAAUUUCAACUCAAUUAGAUUUUGAUCAAAAUUUUUAUUAA